CAUUGUUAUUGUGGCAGUUGAGGCUCGAGGCAAAGCGUACACAGAUUUUCUGCCACAUUUAGGCCUCGAGGACUGCGUGAACAAGUGGACCCGCAACAUUAUACACCAGCACGAUGUCGCUCCAGAAGGACAAUUCAUCGGACGAGAGUUUGCAAGGUUCCUGGGUCGAGCUGCAUUUCAGUGGCACUGGCUCUCAAACUACCAGUCACCACGGCAGCCAGGAGCAAAUCCCCACGUCCAUCCAGGAGGGCGAUUUGGAGAAAAUGCUGCUGGAUGCACAGCAUGAGUCAGGCAGGAACAGCUCCAAAGGCAGUUCUCAAUGUAACAGCCCACUCCGAGCACAGACCCCCCUUCUGCUGUGGAGAGGCUCAGAGGGAAACAGCUCACAGUCGGAUGAAGACUUCCAAGAAAGGAGACGGGAAGUAGAGAACCUGAUGAAGAAAAGCUCUGAUUGGAUCUGGGACUGGUCAAGUCGACCUGAGAACAACCCACCAAAGGAGUUCCUGCUGAAGUACCCCAAGCGCUCGACCUCUCUCAGCAUCAGGAACACCAGCGUCAUGAAGAAGGGCGGCGUUCUGUCUGCUGACUUUCUGAAGCUGUUCCUUCCUUCAUUAAUCAUUUCUCACAUACUUGCUGUUGGCCUAGGGAUUUAUAUCGGGAAGCGUUUAACCUCCCACAACACCUACUAAGUAAGAAGGCGGUAUGUUGCGAACAUCUGGUCACCUUGACGUGACCAUCUCGGCAUGCCUUAAGAAUGGGACCUUCUGAAUAUCAAGGGAAAUGUGGCCAAGCGACAUGGUCCAAUUUGAUUGAGUGCCCCCCCUUGUCACUCAGGCCAGCAUGGAGAGUUGAGGAUCUGUCAUUGCUGUUUCAUGGUGUAUACUCCUGAACACAACAGUGACCAAUCCUCUGCUUCUUGCUGUAGUCUCUGUAGUGGCCUGGAAAUGACUGUUUUGCUGCUUCCUGCUCCUUAAAUCUGCACGUUAGGGAACUGCUAUAUACUGUAUGUCAAUGCCUUUUUCUUUUUGCAA